AUGGCUUCUGGUUUCGGUCUCAAUGGCGGCCCCUCGCGCUGCUUCGCCUUUUGGCAAGAACUCCUCGGAUGCUACGUCGUGAAUGGAUCGGAAGGCGUUGAGGGAAAGAAGAAAUGCCUAUUUGCCCUGGAAGAUUACCACGAGUGCCUGCACCACAGCAAAGAGAUUGUCCGAACGAAGCGACUCCAAGCAGCCUAUCGCAAAGCCGAGGCCGCCUUCCCCCGAGAAAACGCACCAAAAGCCGAAGAUAUUCGAGGUCUGGGAUUGCUAGGCAAGGAGAGCCAGUCGGCCAAGGUGUUGGGCUUGGAAUAG